AUGGAGGCAAGCAAAAAGAAUGCUCUUUUCUGUUUUGUGGCUCUGCUAGUCUGCCUAUGGACUACUGCACAUGGAGAGCUGACAGAUACAGGUGUUAACUAUGAAGUGGAAGCUUUGAUGGGCAUUAAAGGUUCCUUGCUUGAUCCUCAUAAUAUUCUUAACUGGGAUGAGCAUGCUGUGGAUCCAUGCAGCUGGGCCAUGGUCACUUGCUCUACUGAUGGUUUCGUCACUAGCCUAGGAGCUCCGAGCCAAAGUUUAUCUGGCACUCUUUCACCAUCUAUUGGAAACUUGACAAAUCUCCAGUCUCUGCUUCUACAGGAUAACAAUAUUUCAGGACAUAUACCCUCUGAGCUUGGCAAGCUCCCAAAGCUUAAAACAAUUGAUCUUUCCAGUAACAACUUCAGUGGUCAAAUUCCUAGUACUCUGUCCAAUCUUAAUAGCCUCCAUUACCUGAGGCUGAACAAUAACAGUCUCAACGGAACAAUUCCGGCCUCUUUUGUUAACAUGACUCAACUUACCUUUCUGGACUUGUCUUACAAUAAUUUGAGUAUUCCUGUACCACCUGUUCAUGCUAAAACAUUCAACAUUGUAGGAAAUACUCUGAUAUGCGGAACUGAGCAAGGCUGUGCUGGAACCACACCAGUUCCGCAAUCUUUGGCCGUGCAUAAUUCACAAAAUUCUCAGCCUUCUGGAAAUAGCAAGAGCCACAAAAUUGCCCUGGCCUUUGGUUCAAGCCUAGGCUGCAUCUGCCUGUUGGUUCUUGGAUUUGGCUUCAUUCUUUGGUGGAGACAAAGACACAACCAGCAAAUAUUCUUUGAUGUUAAUGAACAACAUCAUGAAGAACUCAACCUUGGAAACUUGAAGAGGUUUCAAUUCAAAGAACUUCAGAUUGCUACAAACAACUUCAGCAGCAAGAACUUAAUAGGAAAAGGUGGUUUUGGGAAUGUUUACAAAGGGUAUCUCCAAGAUGGAACUGUUGUAGCAGUGAAAAGGCUCAAAGAUGGAAAUGCCAUAGGCGGCAAUAUCCAAUUCCAGACUGAAGUUGAGAUGAUCAGCCUAGCAGUGCAUCGAAAUCUCCUUCGUCUCUAUGGAUUUUGCAUCACAACAACCGAAAGGUUAUUGGUCUAUCCUUACAUGUCCAAUGGGAGUGUUGCUACUCGUCUCAAGGCAAAACCUGUCUUGGAUUGGGGUACGAGGAAAAGAAUUGCCUUAGGAGCAGGAAGAGGUUUACUAUACUUGCAUGAGCAAUGUGAUCCCAAGAUAAUUCACAGGGAUGUGAAGGCUGCAAAUAUAUUACUUGAUGAUUAUUAUGAGGCUGUUGUAGGAGAUUUUGGAUUGGCAAAGAUGUUGGAUCACCGGGACUCGCAUGUGACAACAGCUGUGAGGGGCACUGUGGGGCACAUAGCUCCUGAGUAUCUAUCAACAGGCCAGUCCUCUGAGAAAACAGAUGUUUUUGGAUUUGGAAUACUUCUGCUAGAAUUAAUAUCUGGCUUAAGAGCUCUGGAAUUCGGGAAGUCAACAAACCAGAAAGGAGCAUUGCUUGACUGGGUGAAGAAGAUUCAUCAGGAAAAGAAGCUUGAGUUGUUAGUUGACAAGGAUCUGAAAAACAACUAUGAUCGAAUUGAGCUUGAAGAAACAGUUCAAGUCGCUCUAUUGUGUACCCAAUACCUUCCAAUUCAUAGACCUAAAAUGUCAGAAGUGGUUCGGAUGUUAGAAGGAGAUGGGCUCGCUGAAAAGUGGGAAGCUUCUCAGAGAGCUGAAGCAACUCGAUCAAGAGCCAAUGAGUUCUCCUCUUCAGAAAGAUAUUCUGAUCUGACUGAUGACUCUUCGUUACUUGUCCAAGCAAUGGAGCUCUCUGGACCCAGGUGA